CCAGGCGGUGGCGGUGUUGUUGUUGUUGUUGUUGUUUUGGGGGGUGUGGGGACGGGGGUCAAGAUGAGCAGCCCGUGCCUGCUGCGCGCGGCCCCUAUCAGCCAACCCCGGCUCCGGGAGGUCAAGAUCAGCCUGAAGGCCAGCACCCGGGAGUCCACGUCCGUCCGGAGCAGCACCGGCGGGGGGACCAAGGAGAAGGAGGCCCCGGUUCGGCUCGCCGUGAGCGUCAGCCGGAGCAGGAGCACCCCGCCGGUCCACCGGACCCAGAGGGCCGAAGGCAGGAAGACGGCGAGGGGAAGCAGCAGCGGCGGCGGCGGCGGCAGGAAGCAGCAGGAGCCCGAACGCCAGCAGGAGCGGAACGGCACCCUCCUGCACAUCCCCGUCGCCGCGGCACCCGUGAGACUCUCCCCCUUCUCUACGUCCUCCUCCUCGUCCUCCUCCUGCACCCCCAGACGCCAGCGGCCCUCUCACCCCCAGCCUCCCCCCGCCCUCCUCCUCUCCUCCUCCUCCUCCUCCUCUUCGUCUAAAAGUAUGAAGCGGGCUCGCUGGCUGAGUUACAGCACCUCCAACAUCUGUUUCAACUCCAUCCUGGAUGGACGCUUCAGACAGCUGCAAGAUGAGCGUGAGGCGGUUCAGAAGAAGACCUUCACUAAAUGGGUCAACUCAAUCUUGUCCCGGGUCGGCUGUCGCAUCUCUGACCUCUACCUGGACCUGCGGGACGGGCGCAUGCUCAUUAAACUGCUGGAGGUGCUGUCCGGCGAACGACUGCCGAAACCCACCAAGGGCCGAAUGCGUAUCCACUGUUUGGAGAAUGUUGACAAGGCUCUGCAGUUCCUCAAAGAGCAGAGGGUCCACCUGGAGAACAUGGGCUCCCACGACAUCGUCGACGGCAACCACCGCCUCAUCCUCGGCCUCAUCUGGACCAUCAUCCUUCGCUUCCAGAUCCAGGACAUUAUUGUGGAAACGGGCCAGGCGGACCAGAAAGAGACGCGCUCGGCCAAGGACGCUCUUCUUCUGUGGUGUCAGAUGAAAACCGCAGGAUAUCCCAAUGUCAACAUCACAAAUUUCACCACCAGCUGGAAAGACGGCAUGGCCUUCAACGCUCUCAUACACAAACACCGGCCAGAUCUGCUGGAUUACAACAAUCUGAAGAGGUCAAACCCGACCCACAACCUGCACAGCGCCUUCAACGUAGCAGAGCAGCAGCUUGGCGUGACCAAGCUGCUGGACCCCGAAGAUGUGUUCACAGAGAACCCGGACGAGAAGUCGAUCAUCACGUACGUGGUGGCAUUUUACCACUACUUCUCGAAGAUGAAGCAGCUCGCCGUCGAGGGCAAGCGAGUCGGAAAGGUUCUGGAUCACGCCAUCGAGACGGAGAAGAUGAUCGAUAAGUACGAGACUCUGGCGUCAGACCUGCUGCCGUGGAUCGAGCAGACCAUCGUCGUGCUGAACAACCGGAAACUCGCCAACUCGCUGAGCGGAGUCCAGCAGCAGCUUCAGGCCUUCAACACGUACCGCACGGUGGAGAAGCCGCCCAAGUUCCAAGAGAAGGGAAACCUCGAAGUGCUGCUUUUCACCAUCCAGAGUCGUAUGAGGGCCAACAACCAGAGGGUCUACACGCCCAAAGAAGGAGCCCUGGUCGCAGACAUUAACAGGGCCUGGGAGCGCCUGGAGAAGGCGGAGCACGAUAGGGAGCGCGUCCUGAGAGACGAGCUGAUCAGACAGGAGAAGCUGGAACAGAUGGCGAGAAGAUUCGACAGGAAGGCUGCCAUGAGGGAGACCUGGCUCCUGGAGAACCAGAGGCUAGUGGCUCAGGAUAACUUUGGUUACGACCUGCCAGCAGUGGAGGCAGCGAAGAAGAAGCACGAUGCAAUCGAGACGGACAUCUCUGCGUAUGAGGAGCGUGUUCAGGUCCUGGUGGACAUCUCGAAGGAGCUGGAGUCCGAGCGCUACCACGACGCCAAACGCGUCGACGUGCGGAAAGACAACAUCCUGCGCCUGUGGGACUACCUGCAGGAGCUGCUGAAGGCUCGCAGGGCGCGUCUGGAUAAGAACCUGACCCUGCAGAGGCUCUUCCAGGAGAUGCUGUACAUCAUCAGCUGGAUGGAUGACAUGAAGGCUCGACUGCUGUCUCCGGACUUUGGCAAACACUUGUUGGAAGUUGAGGAUUUGUUGCAGAAACACACUUUGUUAGAGAACGACAUCGCGCUGCAGGCGGAGAGGGUGCACGGCGCCAGCGCUGCGGCUCUCAAGUUCGCCAACGGAGAUAGCUACAAGCCGUGUGAUCCUCAGGUGAUCCGGGACAGGGUGCAGCACCUGGACUUGUGCUACCAGGAGCUCUGCGCCCUGGCGGCCCAGCGAAGAGCUCGCUUGGACCAGUCUCGCCUCUUCUGGAACUUCCUGUGGGAGGUGGCGGAGCUGGAGAGCUGGAUUAGAGAGAAGGAGCACAUUUUCUCCUCCCUGGAUUAUGGCAAGGACCUGACGAGCGUGCUGGUGCUCCAGAGCAAACACAGCGCCUUCGAGGACGAGCUCGGCGCCCGCCGCGCCAACCUGGACCAGGUGCUGGCCGCCGGCGAUAAGAUGAUCCAGGCCAAGCACUUUGGCUCCCCAAAGGUUCAGGAGUGCAUGCACGACAUCAGCAGGCAGUGGCAGCAGCUGGAGGAGCUGGCCGCGUUUCGGAAGCAGAGCCUCCAGGACACCCACAAGUUCUUCCAGUUUCAGGGAGACGCCGAUGAAUUCAAGGCCUGGCUGCUGGACGCCAAGAGGCAGAUGAGCAGCGAUGACAUGGGCCACGACGAGUACACCACCCACCGGCUACUGAACAAGCACAAGCACCUGAAGAAUGAAACCAUCAAGAACGGAGCCACCAUCGACGCUCUAUCCAAGCAGGCCAACGCGCUGCCGGAGGAGCUCCAAAACACCCCUGAUAUCCAGAGACGCCUGAAGGACAUCAAGGACCUUUACAUGGAGCUCAUGUCGCUGGCUGACCUGAGACAGAAGAAGCUGGAUGACGCCAUGGCCCUGUACACCAUCUUCAGCGAGACGGACGCUUGUGAGCUUUGGAUGGGUCAGAAGGAGACGUGGUUGGUGGGUUUAGAGGUGCCUGAGAAGCUGGAGGACCUGGAAGUAGUGCAGAAUAGGUUGAGCAUUCUGGCUCAAGAUAUGGCGAAUGUUCAGUCGAGGGUUGAUGACGUCAAUAAAGCGGUGAAACAGCUGGAGGACAGCAGACACCCUCGCACAAAAGAGGUCAAAGAAUGUCAGUUGCGACUGAAUAAGAGGUGGGAGGCCUUCAAGGCCUUGGUGGAGGACAAGAAGAGGAAAGUGGAUUCUGCCGUCAGUCUCAACAACUACGGGCUGGAAUGUGACGAGACAGAGACCUGGAUCAGAGACAAGACGCGGGUGAUCGAGUCCACGCAGGACUUGGGCAACGACCUGGCGGCCGUUAUCACCAUUCAGAGGAAACUGUUUGGCAUGGAGAGAGAUUUGGCCGCCAUCGAAAACAAGAUUACCUUCCUGAGGAACGAGGCCGACCAGCUGGCCACGGACCACCCGGAGAACGCACAGGACAUCUUGGCCCGCAGGGGGGAGCUGGAAGCGGCCUGGGACGCGCUGAAGAAGACCCUGAAGGACAGGGAGGACUCUUUAGGCGAGGUCAGCAAGCUACAGACCUUCCUCCAGGACAUGGACGACUUCCAGUCCUGGCUUUUUAAGACCCAGAAGGCCGUGGCGUCGGAGGAGAUGCCCGCCUCUCUGCCAGAGACCGAGGAGCAGCUGAGCCUUCACGACGCAGUGCGGGAAGACAUAGCCAACCGCGAGGAGGACUACCACCGCGUGAGGGACACCGGGGCCCAGGUCACCCAGGGUCAGGAGGAUGACCCGCAGUACCAGCAGCUGGAGCAGAGGCUCAAGGGCCUGGACCGGGGUUGGGUCGAACUGCAGAAGAUGUGGGACAACCGCAAGAACUUUCUGGACCAGGGUCUGGGCUUCCAGCAGUUCAUGAGGGACGGCAAAGCCGUGGAGGCCAUCCUCAACAACCAGGAGUACACCUUGGCCCACAUAGACGAGCCCGACAACUUGGCCGGGGCAGAGAAAGCCUUGAAGAAGCACGAGGACUUUGUGAGCACCAUGGAGGCCAACGAGGACAAGAUUGACGGCGCUUUGCAGGGAGGACAGCGCCUGGUGGACGGCAGCAACCUGUACUCGGGGAAAGUGCAGGACAAAAUGGGCUCAAUCCGAGACAGGAAUAACAAGAAUAAGAGAAGAGCCCGGGAGGUGUCCGAAAAACUCAACGACAACCGCGACCUGCAGCACUUCCUGCAAAACACUCAGGAUCUCACCGUGUGGAUCAACGAGAAGAUGCUGACAGCUCAGGACACGUCGUACGACGAGGCCCGGAACCUCCACAGCAAAUGGCUGAAGCAUCAGGCCUUCAUGGCCGAGCUGGCGUCCAACAAGGACUGGCUGAACAAAGUAGACCAGGAAGGUCAGGAGCUCACGGAGUCCAAGCCGGAGUUUGAGCCCAUCGUGACGGAGCGCCUCGCCAAACUGCACGAGCUGUGGGACCGGCUGGAGUCCACGACCCAGGAGAAAGCCCGGCUGCUGUUUGACGCCAACCGCUCCGAGCUGUAUGACCAGAGCCUGACGGACAUGAGGAAGUGGCUCGGCGGGCUGCAGCAGCAGCUACAGAGCGGCGAUCAGGACGUCAAAGACCUGACUAAAGCCAACAUCCUGCUGAAGAAGCAUCAGAUGACAGAGAAGCAGGUACGUGACCGCGCGCGGGAGCUGGAGGAGCUGCAGGAGGCCGUGAGGAAGCACAGCGGAGGCCGGGAGGACCAGGCGGACAUCGAGGCCGAGCAGCAGGCGCUGCAGAGGGACUUCCAGCAGCUCCUCACACCACUGGCCCAGCGCAAGGGCAAGCUGGAGGCCGCCAAGGCCGUCCAUCAGUUCUACAGAGACCUGGCCGAUGAGCUCCUCUGGAUUGAGGAGAGGAUGCCGCAGGCAAUGUCACAGGAGCACGGCCACAAUCUUCAAACUGUGCAAAUGCUGCUGAAGAAGAACCAGACGCUGCAGAGGGAGAUCGAGGGCCACCAGCCUCGCGUCGACGAAGUGCUGGAGCGAGGGGCGAGGAUGGCGUCCGCCGCCAGCGCGGAGGGACGGCCGGAGGCGGAGCGACUCGCGGAGCAGCUGAGGGAGCUGGAGGAGGCGUGGGUCCGGCUGCAGGGCGAGGUGGCCAAGCGCAGGGAGAGGCUGAGCGGAGCCAGUUUGGCGCAGCAUUACUACAAUGACGCGGACGAGGCCGAAGCCUGGAUAGGGGAGCAGGAGCUCUACAUGAUCACGGAGGAGAAGGCCAAGGACGAACAGAGCGCAAUGCUGAUGCUGAAGCGUCACAUGACUCUCAAGCAGGCCGUGGACGACUAUUCAGACUCCGUUCAGAGUCUGGCUGACCGCGCCCAGAAGAUGUUUGCUGAACACCAUCCUGAUGGCGAGGAGAUCAUCAGGCGACAGGGCCAGGUGGACAAGCAGUACGCAGGACUGAAGGAGCUUGCGGAGGACCGCAGGAGGAAGCUGGACCACACCUACCACCACUUCCUGCUGAGCCGGGAAGUGGAAGAACUGGAACACUGGAUCGCAGAGAGAGACAUGGUGGCCUCCUCUCAGGAGAUGGGCCAGGACCUGGACCACGUCACGCUUCUGAGGGACAAGUUCCGAGAGUUUGCGCGGGAGACGGGGACGGUGGGACAGGAGCGAGUGGACCUGGUCAACGAGGCGAUAGACGAGCUGAUCGAAGCGGGCCACGCGGAGGCCGCCAACAUGGCCGAGUGGAAGGACACCAUCAACGAGAGCUGGGCCGACCUGCUGGAGCUCAUCGACACUCGAGCGCAGCUCCUCACGACGUCUUACGAGUUGCUCAAGUACUUUGACGAUGGGAAGGAGCUGGUCACUCAGAUCCACGAAAAGCAGACAGAGCUGCCCGACGACGUGGGAGAGGACUUCAGCAAAGCAGAGUCCUUCCACAGAAUGCACGCCGCCUUUGAGAGAGACAUCAGCGCUUUAGGCAAACAGGUUCAACACUUCCAGGAGACCGCUUCAAGGCUUCACGCCCAAUAUGCAGGGGGCCGAGCGGACGCCAUCCAGCGCACAGAACAGGAGGUGGUGGAAGCCUGGAAGGGCCUGCUCGACGCCUGCGACGGCCGCCGGGCGCAGCUGGUGGACACGGCGGAGAAGUUCCGCUUCUUCACCGCGGUCCGAGACCUGAUGGCCUGGAUGGAAAGCAUCAUCCAGCAGAUAGAGACUCAGGAAAAACCCAGGGACGUCUCAUCCGUGGAGCUUCUGCAGAAGUACCACCAGGGGAUCCGCUCGGAGAUCGAGGCCAGGGAGGCAAAAUUCACUGACUGCAUGGAACUCGGCAAGGCCCUGCUGACGCGCAAGCACCGAGACUCUGCUGAGAUCAAAGAGAAGCUGGUGCAGCUGAUCGAGAAAAGGAAGGAGAUGAUGUUCAAGUGGGACGACAGAUGGGACUGGCUCAGACUCCUGCUGGAGGUGUGCCAGUUUGCGCGGGACGCCUCGGUGGCCGAGGCGUGGCUGAUCGCGCAGGAGCCCUACGUGUCCAGCAGGGACCUGGGCCGCACGGUGGACGAGGUGGAGAAACUCCUCAAGAGGCACGAGGCCUUCGAGAAAUCCACCGCCACGUGGGAGGAGCGCUUCUCGGCGCUGGAGCGCCUCACCACGCUGGAGCUGCUGGAGCUGAGGAAUCAGCAACAGGAGAUGGAGCGGUUCCUUAAAGAAGAGCAACGCUCCGAUAAGGAGAGCAGGAGGGAAGACACAGGUUUUGGAGAAGAAUCUUCACAGCUCGGCACCAUUGAGGAACAGACUCUAUCUGGCUCUGGAGCAGUUGAGCCCAGCUCAGGUCCGCCGGAGGAGACCGCCGGUGACUUCACGGUGCCCAAGGGAUCCGAAAUGAGAGCGAGCGGGUCCCUGGAGCUGGAACCCUCCGUGUCAGUGGCGACGCCGACGGAACCGGAGCGGGCGGCCACGAUGCCCGUGGAGCCCCACAGGGCGCAGGCCGUGCUGCAGGAGGGCACGCUCAGCCGCAAGCAUGCCGUGGAAGGGUCGGGGAAGAAGACCUCCAACAGGUCCUGGAACAACUUGUACUGCGUGCUGAAGCCCGGUCAGCUGUCGGCUUAUAAGGACGCCAAGAGUUUUGGCCACGGGGUGACGUUUCACGGCGAGGACCCUCUGUCCCUCAGCAGCGCCACCUGGGAGUUCCUCACCAGCUACAAGAAGAAGAAGCACGUCUCCAAACUACGUCUCGGAGACGGCAGUGAAUAUUUGUUCCAGUUUAAAGACGAGGAGGAGCUCCAGCGUUGGAGCCAGGCCAUGGAGAAGGCCGUCCAGCCCCUGGCGGCGGCGGAGGAGGCGGCGGCCUCGGGGGCCAAAACCCACAGCCUCCCUCCCCCCGCCUCCUCCUCCACUGCACCCCCUGAGCCCAGCUCCGCCAAGAAGGACAAGGAGAAGAAGUCCAGUCGCUUUGCCAAGAAUAAGUGAAAAGAGCCGGGCAGGCCGUGUGGCGUAACUCGGCAACCCGCAAAGAGAAAGUAGUAUUUGUGUACAAUCAGUCGAAGACAAAUUUUUAACCACUAGUUUUUUUAUAUUAUUAUGCAAAAGUAAACCUACAUUUAUCCAUCACUUGUUUGCCUGUAUUUAAGCCAGUGUAUCAUUGAAAAAGGGUUUUCUUUGUGUUGUUUUUAACCAAUUUAAAGCAAUUAAAUUAAAGCACAUGAAUGCUCCUUUCACACUCAACCAAAGAAUGUUUGUAAAACUUUUUCAUUUUCUUUGCUUUAGUGCGGCAUGCUUUGAUACAGCCAUGUACAACACGGAGGCCUGUAAUGAAACUGGGGUGACACAACAGUACUUGUAUUAAUCUGCCUUAUACAAUGGUUGUGAACUGUAAUACUGUUUGAACUGGGAGCGCAUCAUGCUACUCAUAAAACCAGAGUGAGUUGAACAGACUUUCAAAAGCUUUGUAAAUGCGACGCAAAGACUUGGUGGGAAGCAACAGCGCAGCGCAGCACAGCGCUCACACACACACACACACACCAAGAGCAAUUGCAGGCAUGCAAACCAAAUGCUCUGUGCACUGUGAAGAGUUUAAAUUGGUCCCUGAUGGAACGUGACCACCACAACCAGCGUAGACUAUCGAUCUAAUGAAGUCGUAUUCUUAACUGAACUGUGGUGAACUUGUGUGCUAAACCCUGAAUUUUAUAUCUAUUCAUUAAAACAUAUACACAAAUGCAUGAAGUAUGUUUUACAUCAGUUUGAAAUGGUGCUAUUGUGAUAUUCUUAAACCCUCAUUGAAGGCCAAACUUGACCUGCCUUACUGGUCUUAACUUUGGCUUUUAGGGACACACGUAAGAAAUGUUAUUCUUAUCAGAUAUCGGUGGGGUGUUUCGUAGGAAAACAAGGUCUCGUUGUGGGAAGCCCGACUUGAAAUGAGCCCAGCAAACUUAAAACAAAAUCUGUUCCAAUGUAUGCUUAAUAAAACAACCCCCGAUAUCAAACUCAUCGAAUUAGAACCAACCAGUAAUGAUUCGAGGCAGGUUGAUAAAGAUCGGAUGAAUCUUCACUGCUCUUCUAAACCACGCGAUGCGACCAAGCACGAGCUCCAUCUAAAGCUCACGCUGGGUCUGCACAGCUGAGGGCGUCUUUCACAUGAAUGUAAAAAAGGAGGAAAUGAGAAAUUUGGUACCUUUCAACAAUAAAGCCAUUAUAGAAUACUACAUUGUAACCCCUAUACAGUAUGUAGAUUCAUUUGGAGACGCUGAUGUCACAUUCACUCACCCGCUGCCGUCUUGCCUCGUACAGUGGGCUUCGUCCCUCGACUACGAUCCAACUCAAGUGACCUCAUAGAAAGCAUUGAAGUUCGGUGCAGAGAUGGAGGCUGUUCAGCUCAGGAGGAAAUGAGGCUGCAUCGUGAUCUCGGU